AUGAGCUCAGAGUGGUCUGAAUUCACACAGAGCUGGGACACGCCCGACGAUGCGCAGGCCGCGUGGCCAAUCUCGGCGCUCCUAAUUACCAACAGCUCCGAGCUGAUAUACGCAGGCGACACAAGCGGGCGGCUGACAACGUACACUCUGGGCAGGCCAGGCGAGGCGCUCGAGCGAUACACCAGCUUCCUGUGCGCACACACGGCGAUCCGGCGCAUGCACGCACUAGGGCGGUCAACCAGCGGAAGCGUGCUGGUGCAGACGGACGACUCGGUUCAAGUGCGCACGCGCGGCGGUGCCAAGGCAUUCGGCAAAAGCACAACGCCCAACGAGCCGUUCACAGCGUCGGCAGUCAGCGGACUCGAGGCAUUCGUGUGCACGGCGGCCGGCGGCGGCACGCUGCUGGACAUUGAGCGCGGCUCUGUGGUGCGGCGCGCAGCCGUCGACGCAUCGGCGGUGGCGGCAGACCUCAAUGGCGCGUGUCUGACGCUGGCCACGGCGCAGGGCCUGGUGGUAUGCCGCGACGCGCGCGCAGGGCUCGGCGUAGCACAGACCGCGCGCGCGUUUCCCGGCGGCGGCGCUGUCGACAUGGUGCGCAACGGUGCGCGCAUUUUUGUAUGCGGCACAGGGCCCGACCCGGCAAACGCGUACCGCUUGCUGGCACUGCCCACUGUGCGCGUCUUUGACGUGCGCAAUCUGGCCCAGCCGCUGGAAGACAUUGACUGCGGCGACGGCGCAGCGCCCGUGCGGCUGUGGGCUGGCGGCGACGACCUGUGGAUCUGCCAUGACUCCGGAUACGUCGAGACGCGGUCGGCGCGCGACGCGUGGACCACGCCCGGCGACGCGUUCGCCGAGCCAGCGCUGAGCGACUACGCGUACGCGUCGGCGUUUUGCGUGGCGCCAACAGGCGAUGCGGCGCUGGUGGCCGACACCGACGGUGUACUGCACGUGUGGGCGGCAGGCGAGGCGCCGCGGCUGAGCGAGAAGGCGGCAUUGCGUGAUGGUGACUUUGACUGCAGCGCCGAGAUGCCGGCGCUGGGCGUCGACUUUGACUGCGAUAGCGUAUCGCUGAUGUGCGUCGAGAUGCCGGCGGCGCGCGCGCCGCUGCUGUCAUGGAUGGACGGUGAGCGGCUGUACGAUGUCGGGCGGCCGGCGCGGUUCGUCGAUGCCGGCGUGCUGGGCAGCUUGCGGCAGAUGGAUGGCGUCGGCUACGUGGCCAACCCGCGCACGGCGCGCCGCAACCAGCAGGUGUUUGGGCGCGCGUGGCGCCAGCGCUGGGGCGACGGCGCGCAGGAUGACGGCGAGCUGACGCUAGGCCGGUCCAAAUUCCUCUCGCAGCAGCGGCGCCGCACGCACGCGUCGCCGCAGCAGCCGGAUGCCGCAGAGCUGCCGCCGGUGCCUGAGUCGCAGGCCCAGCAGCCCCAACAGCAGCAGUCGCAGCCGCCCAAGCAGCUGCAGCGCAUGCGCAUUUCGUACUCGCGGUUCGGCGUCGAGGACUUUGACUUUUCGCUGUACAACGCGACGGCGCACAGCGGACUGGAGGGCGGGCGGGACAACGCGUACGCCAAUGCGUUGCUGCAGACAUUGUUCCGCAGUCCCGAGCUGCGCAGCGUGGUGCUGGCGCAUAGCGCCGGUGACUGCACUGAGCCGCAGUGUCUCAGCUGCCAGAUGGGCUUUUUAUUUCGGUCUCUGGAGACUGCAGCCGGCGCUAGCUGCCACGCGACGCAGCUGCUGCAUGUGCUGGCUGACCGGCCCGAAGCCGCGGCGCUGGCACUGCUAGAGGACGAGCACGGGAACCCAGCCAGCGGCACAUCGUAUGCUGUACUGGCUCAGCGGCUGCUGCGCUUUCUGCUCGAGCAGGCCAGCGGCGAGUGCGCAGGGCUGACGGCUGGCGCCAAUGGUCGCGCUGUCGAGCGUAUCGUUGGCUUUGCGCAAGACACGCAUACUGCGUGUCCGCAGUGCCAUGCGAUGCGCAGCCGCUCGUCGCACGUGUUUGCCGCCGACCUUGACCCGCCGCAGGGCACUUCGGGGCUGGCAACCCUGUUGGCUGGCGGCUCUGUGUCGGUGCGCCGCGCUGAAAUGCUGCGCAGUGGUCGCCGCACGGGCAUUCUGGCGCUGAUCGAGCAGGCGCUGGCGCGCUCGGAGACCACGCGCGCUUGGUGUCCUGAGUGCCGCUCCUUCCAGCUGCUCCAGACUGAAAAGCAUAUGACACAGGCGCCUGCCGGAUACUUUGCGUUGAAUUUCCCCGUUAUUGAGCCAUCAGCGGACGCGGCAGGAGGCAGCUCUGGCUCCGGCUCCGGCUCUGGCUCUGGUGGCGGCGCGUGGCAGACGUCGCUACCGGCCGAGUUUCGCCUGGUUGUUGGCGGCGCCGCGGGGAAGCGCGUCAGUGUGCUGCCGGCGUGUGGUGAAUCUCCGGCCACUGACGACGCCCCGAGCACCGAAGAUUCUCCGGCCACCAAUCCCGCCUCGAUCAGCGGCCCCGCCCCGGUCAGCGAUCCCACCCCGAGCACUUUCCGGCUGGUUGCCGUCGUGUCCAGCAUCCGCGACACGGUGCGCGGCCCCGAGCACCUCGUCGUGCACGUGCGCGGCCCGGACAGCGCCAGCGGUAGCGGGUGGCUGCUGCUCAACGACUUCCUGGUGCAGCCGGUGGCCGAGGACCGGGUACUCAGCCUACACGACUGGUGGCGGACACCAUCGCUUGCGUUGUACGCCAACAGUGACCGGACACCGUUGGCACCGCUGCUGGCUGCGAUCGCUCGCCGUCACCCGUACAAGAUCAGCACGCGUAUCCUGACCCACCCGAAAUCCAUUCUCGACCGGCCCUCGUCCUACCGCCGCAGCAACAACAAUUCCAACGGCGGUGGUAAGGCGCCGCAGCUGCGCGGAGCUAAUCGCCGCAACGAGGCUGUGCCGCUGACGCGAGCUGAGGCGGAGUCGCUGGAGAGCGGCCAUUUUGUCUGCGCUCUGGACGCUGAGUUUGUUGUCCUGGAUGCCGCCAAAAUGGAGGUGUUUUCGGACGGCACGCAGGAGCUGCACCAGCCGCCGGUGCACACUUUGGCGCGGCUCAGCGUUGUGCGCGCCAACGGCGGUCCCCUCCAUGGGCUGCCCUUUAUCGACGAUUACGUGGCGAUCGCACGGCCGAUUUCUGACCUCGCCACACAGUACUCUGGCAUCCACGCUGGUGAUCUCAUACAGGGUUCGUCCCCGUAUAGGCUGUCGACAAUGAAGGAAGUGUACAAGAAACUGCGCCUUCUCGUUGAUUCCUGCUGCGUCAUAAUAGGACAUGGAUUGAAGCACGAUUUCCGCGUAUGCAAUAUUUUCGUACCUGAAAGUUUGCAGCGCGACACCAUGGUGCUUUAUCAGUCGCCGGCGCAUAUUCGACCCAUUGCAUUAAAGUUCCUUUAUUGGUUCUUCUACCGCAAAACUAUUCAGUCUGGGGAGCACUCGAGUGUGGAGGAUGCCCAGGCCACUUUGAAGAGUCGUCAUCGUUGUUCUCUUUGCUACGGUUCUCUGCUCUUUUCCGUUCUUCCUCGUGUUCCCUUGCCUCUUGUUGCCGCUGCUGCUCGUACGCUUUCUCCCAGUUUGCUUUUGCUUGCUGUUGUCCAUACUGAUGUUGUCCGUACUGAUGUUGCCCGUAUUGAUGCUGCCCUUGCCCAUUGCUGCUUCCAGUCUCUCUAUAGUUCUUGUUAUUCGACUGACCGUCGCUGGUCUGCAUUGCUUUAA